UGUUCAGCUCAUCACAUUUAUUAUAUCUUCUCUUCCCACUUGCACAUUAAGCAAACACAACGAAAAGCUGAGAGACAGAGAAAGAUUUUAAAGACAAUGCAGGAGGUAAGAACAGUACGGGUAGGUAAUGUAUCAGAUCUGGCGACCGAAAGAGAAGUUCGCGAGUUCUUCUCGUUUUCCGGCGAGAUUGAGCGCAUUGAGAUUCGGCGAGAACAAGGACAAUCGAAGACUGCGUUUGUUACAUUUAAAGAUCCGAAAGCGCUUGAAAUUGCCUUGUUGUUGUCGGGAGCAACCAUAGUGGAUCAGAUUGUAAAUAUUACUCGGGCAGAAAACUAUGUUCCACCAUCCGAGUCUCGGGAAGUCAGGAUAGUUGAUAAUGCAGUGAAUGUGGCCGGAGAAAGUUCCUCUCCACUUGCUGAGGCCAAACCUACUUCUCCUAGCAAUGCAAGGGUGAAUGGGAAAGUAUAUAUCAGCAAAGCACAAGAUGUUGUCUCAAAUAUGUUGGCAAAAGGUUCAGCUAUCAGACAAGAUGCGGUGAAUAAAGCCAAGGCAUUUGAUGAGAGACACCAAUUAAGAGCCACUGCAUCUGCCAGAGUCGUUUCCUUUGACCGAAGAGUUGGUCUAACAGAAAAGCUUACGGUUGGAAUUUCAGUUGUAAAUGAGAAAGUUAAAUCUGUUGAUCAAAGGCUUCAAGUGUCAGAUAAAACGAUGGCUGCAGUUAUGGCAGCCGAACGGAAAUUGAAUGACACAGGAUCAGCGGUCAAAUCAAGCAGGUAUGUUAAUGCCGGAGCUGCCUGGUUGAAUGGUGCUUUUACUAAAGUAGCUAAAGUUGGGCAAGUUGCUACUACAAAAACAAGAGAAAAAUGGAGUUUUGCAUUGUCAAAUUUGACAGCAAAGGAUCCUUCUAUUGUUGCCUAGAUCAUAUAUAUGAAUUUGUGUUGGAGUUGCGAAGUUGUCUCUGUCAAAUAGCUUGGGAUUCCAAUAACUAUUUCCUGACAUCUCGAAAUAGGGAUCCGGUAUGCAGAUUGCUGAUCGUCAAUACCAAAUUCAAGCUAGUUUUCAUUUGUGAUGUAAUUCUUUUCAUUGGUUUAUUUCUUCCCAUCUUAUUGUGGAGUGGAGUGGUGUGGUGAAUACGAGGUUGUGUAAUUCUUUUUAGUUUGUAAGCCUUUCAAGUCACGAUAGGUUAGGAGCUUGUAUUGGCAUCAUAUCUUUCUUGGUGAGGUGAGGCCGAAUUUUAGUACAAGGAAACAAAAACCAAGUAUGAUAUUUUUGUAUUUUUUUUUAUUUCCUUACCAGAAUUCCGGACUUGGCCAUUGCUUCCAAGUCCCCUAUUUCA